CCAAACCCUUACAAGAAAAACCGUGUUAGUUUUUCAAUUCUUCGUCAAAUUGUUCGUAGCCCGUUCUCCUCUGCUGAUACCUACGUCAACCAGAUGAAGAAACGCAAUUCGGAAAAGCUAGAAAGUGAGAUAUAACUGCUCCGGGCCGGAAGCUGCUGAUGCGUUCUGAGAAAACGGACGAACGAGGUAAAGGAACUUAGUCCAAAUGAACCAGCUGUUUUCACUAUCUUAGAGCAUGGAAAAUGGAUCCUCCAGAUAGAACUGAAUCCCUUAGAUUAACGGUUUACUAUCUGGAACAAGGGAACUUAGUUCACGCGAAAGAAUCAUUACAAAAAUCUUACCAGUAUUUCCAAGACUUGUUGCCAAGUGAGUUAUCCAAACCCACUUUCCAGGAGAUAGAGAUAGUAAACAAGGCAGAGAAAAUAUCGAUAGAGAAUGUGGCGUGGAGUCUGCGAACUGGGGCAAUUUUGUUGUCCCAAACAACUCCUAAGAACAACUUCUUUGUCCGCUUCGCCAAUGUAGUUGGUGCUGUUGCUUUAAUCGCGAUUUGUGAUGAUAUAGCUGAGAAAGUAUUUGAGCAGUUAAAAGAGUAUAUUGAGAAUGUCGGAGACGAAGAAUCAGUUAUUAGCCUUGGAGUUGCCCUUAACAACUUAAGUUGUGUGUAUAUUACCAAAGGAAGUUUCCAAAACGCAAAAGUUAAUCUUCAAAGAGCUCUUGCGAUAUUUGAGGUAGUCAAAACGGGAAACGAGUGUGUCACUGUCGAGGAGGAAAUAUCAACAAUAACAAACAACUUACGACUAGUGCACCAGGCUCAAAGAAGUUAUGUAACCGACUUCCAAUUACAAAACGAUCUCCUUUCUAAUGUAAGCCGCUUUGCCAUACAACCAAGAAUCACUGCAAUUGUUGAUUACAAUGAAGCCCUAACCUCUUUGGAUAACAGGAAUCUUAGAAAAGCUUUGGACGAACUUGAGAAUUUAAAGGCAUUUUGUGAAACAAAAUUACACCAAAACAAGGGACUCUUAACCUGCAUUUUGUUGAAAAUCCGUUUAGUUUGUUCGAUGCUUCAAGUCUCUAAUGGGACCACGAUCUUUAUUGAUAAUAAGAUAUCGACCUUGCAAGGGUUGAAGGAACUUGUUGAUAGUAGUACUAACUUUUUACUAGACUUCUCAGUCACAAUUGUGGAGACUGUGGCCGACAUUCACCUUUAUCAAGGUAAUCUUGACCUUGUCUGUAGCUAUUUCUCCUAUCUUGUACCGGUUCUUCGUGAAAGAUGUGGUGCAGAUCACCCAAUAUUUGCUUCUAUUCUGUCAAAGCAGGGGCUUAUUUUCCUCCACUUGGAAAACUUCGCACGUUCUAGGCAAUGCUUUACCGAUGCAUCAGAGAUUUUCACUGGAGCUUUUGGUGCUAUUCACCCCGAUGUUCUCAAAUGCAAUGCAGGUCUUGCGAGGCUAGAAUGGCUCGAUGGAUGUGAAGAAAAAUCUUUAACGCACAGUCAGACAGUUCUAGAAAAUGUGGAAAGAAUUUGCCAAGUCUCAUUUGAGUGCGAGUUGAAGCCAAAAUUCAUUGAAUUGUCUUCACAAAGAGGAAGAACACCAUCUCCUAAUGCUGAUCAUCAAGAACAACUAAAACUUGAAACUCUGGUUUCUGAGUUUGGUAUAGAAAUAACCAGGGUUCUCAACCAGCGUCAACUGACUGAUCUUUGGAAUUGUCGAGGAGCACUCUCAGAAAGUGAUGAUUUUGUGAAUUGCUCCGUCUCCAAGGAAUUGUGUGCAAAGCUGAGCUUUAACUGGUUCAAAGCUGGUCUUUGUUUGUUUAACGUUGGAGUGGGUCAAAGUGUCGCUUUUCUCUUUCUCUCGUGUACAUAUGCAAGUAUGUUUUAUGAUCAUUUGGAUUGUUCUGAAGUCAUUUUGCUGAGAGUGAUUUUUCUUGUGUGUCAUAUCAAAUCUAGGACGUGCGAAACCUUCCCGAAAGUUCAAAAGAGAUUAAAAAAUGAGUACGGACGGUUGAAGAACUUCAUUAAGGAAAAAGCGAAGAGAUUUGUUAAACCGGAAAGCAAAACUAUAUUUCUUAACGAAAAUACAAACUUGAUGAUUGCUCUGGCAGUAAUCCUUCAGACGUUUGUAGAAAUGGAAAUGUAUGAGAUGAUAGCUGAUGUGCAUAGUUUAUUUUCUUUCCUGUCAAACCAACAGUCUCCGCAGGCAUCUCAAGUAGUGCUCGUUGAAGAGCUUCAGUUUGCGUUUUUUAGUUCAAACAUACAAUGUCUUGGAAAACAAGUUAUGCACCACCUAAUUUUUUUGACGCCUCUUGGGGUGAUGAACAAUCGAAAAGUCACUAACGAAAACGAUACAGAUACUUCCUGUAACUCUCAAAGCAAGCAGCUUACAAAAUCUUUACAUAGAGAUGACAACUUUGGAGAAAGGAAAUCGAGGCAAACUUUCAAAACUUUGGCACUGAAAACUGAUAAUAAUCGGAGGAGAGGAUCUUGCAGAUUUCUUGUGGAGUGUCCAAUAUCUCGUAGGAUUGAUAUUUCAGCACUAAAUGAAAUAAAUGCGUGGAGUGUGAAUGCAGUAGAAAACAGCUUGCCUCACUUGAUCUCAUGCAGCCAUCAGAACAUAGAAUUGGCAAUACAAUAUUUCAUAGAAUUGGAACUUCCAGUUUCUGCGGAAAGAACUCUUUCUUCGAUUUCUGGUGAUUUUUCCCUUUUGUCACUCGUGCUAUCGGCAGCUAAGGAUGGUUCAGAAUCUGAAACGCAAUCUCUGGUUCUCGUCAACACAGAGAACACUUGCGAAGGAAACCUAGCAUUUAUCUUCCAAGACAAAGUAAUUGCGGAUUUUCUAUUCGGAAAGCUUUUAAAGCAAAUUUUAACCAAUGAAGACGAGCUUGGUGAGGUUGUGAACGUGGUAGUCAAAGACAGCCAGCUCGUGUUGAAAAUCCAAGGUCCACCCAUGGGGCAAAUAGUAAUUCAGUGCCAUGAAGACGCCAUCAAAGUGAAAACUCACUUGAUUCACUAUUCUCAAAGCCGUAGAAAAGUUGAGAUUGUUCGAGAAGAAGUUCAACCGUGCAAUUGCUCUCUUAUUGAGAAGGUCAUCGCUGACAAAAUGGAAAAAUGUGCUCGUAGUUUUGGCAUUCAUUUCGAGACAAAAAGUGAUAAUGCCUGGUGUGUUGCGUCACAUCUGACUGGAAACGCAAGGGAUAUUUCAAUGAGAGAGCACCAGCCGCUAGAAAUGCAGCUUAGAACCGAACGCCCAGGCCGUAUUUUUCCCCUCCCAACCUUGCUUUCCAGCCAGUCGUUCUUGUCGGAAUCAGCGACACAAACAGAUUCCUUAAGUAUUCCCUCAACAUGUGAUCUUAGUACUCAAACAGAGCUCAGUGACUCUGAUGAGUCUGAAAAUCUGGUGGAGCCCACAUCAUCAUCCAGUGAAGUAAGUAUAUCACCAUCAUUACCUCCAUCGUCAUCGUCAUCAUCAUCUUCGUCAUCAUCAUCAUCAUCAUCAACUGGUGAAGAAGGUACUGAUGAGGUGUCCAGAAGGUCAAGGUCAGAGCCAGCAGAGAAAGUUAAAUCGUCAAUGAAUUCCGUCCGUUCGUGUGGUUUAGAAUUGGAGAAACGCGGAAGAGAAGUUCCAGACGUUGCAAAUUCAGAGGAAGAAAGAUCUAGCAUGGCUUAUCUCAGUGUUUCAGAGUUCAACUAUAGUAGCAACGAUGCAGAGGAAGGACAGAUAAAUCAACCACCACUCGUUCCGCCAUUAACCUUGAGGGUUCAAACGGAAGGCAAAUUACGUGAGAAUAAAGAAAACCUGGAUAAGUGUAUUCAAACCGAUGUUUGGCUAGGGCAUUCUAUGGAUGAUGAAGUUGAUGGUGCAGUAAAAAAUGCUUCGUGCGGUAGUUCUGCAAUCCAAAACUGUCAUCCUCGUUAUUCCUCAACUGGAUCUGCUGAACCACUUUUUCAAGGGGAAGGUGGUCUAUCCGACAACCUUCCACGAAUUACUGACCAGGUGGAGCGUCAUGGUGGUGCUGCUGCCUCAACCAGCUGGUGCAAUGAUGUUACGGAUGAAAGCCGAAGAAAUAGAGAACGUAAAGUCGAUUCUAAGUCACUGAAGAUAUCUCAAGAGAGUAAAAACAAGAGUAAAGAGCAUCUAUCAGUAAAAAGUCACAACACAACGCCUGGGAAAUUUCUAGGCUUAAAAGGUGGAGGACAAGAUCCAUUUUUCUCUAACAGGAGCCGAGGUUACGAGAAUCUCGAAUCGGUUAUUAACUGGAACGACAAGGACGCAAAGCCUGAGAGGGUUAAACCACGAGAUGAUAUGCAAAACACCGUAGAUAAAAAAGAAUCAAAUUUCUUUGGUAUAAGGCCUUGCUUUCUUGCUCGCCACACAGAUGACAGUAGCAUUACCACUCCUAUCGAUGGCAUAAGGAAUACAGCGGAAAAUGCCAAUGGAGGGUCUUCCAAUACUUUUUCAAGGAAUCAAGGGUCAUCUUGUUUAACUAAUGAGCAAGAAUAUCAAGACUACUCCUUUCAAGCCCCAUCGUUUCGUUCUGAAAGCUCAAAAGUAUCUGCUAACGUAAAAGGUCCAAACCCUUACGGCUCCUUCGAUCCUAACCCUGCAGUUUGGGAUCUACCAGUGCCUGCUCGUCCUCUACUUUCUCUUCCCUGCAACAGAUCGGAGCAUCUCCAAACCCUUUCCUGCGAUGACCCGCGAAUUGUACCUCCGCGUACUUUGAUGAAUGGUGACACGCCGUUGAAGCAAACACCCCUUUUAACACAACAGAGAAAAGUCAAGGAUCAACGUACUGAUCCUGAAGUACAACGGAAGAGAAACUACGAUUUUAAAGUGAUGAAUGGAAAUCCUGCAUUUUUAUCUAAUACCACUACAAUUACCCAAGGCCUGGUAUCCCCUGAAAUGGAAAUCUCCGCUUUGUCACAGGCAGCCAUGAACAGAAAUCUCACAUGGGAAACAAGAACACUUGCAGAUCAGGACACUGCUAACCAAGAGCCACCGUCUCUCUCAAAUGAUGAUUCCUUAGCUGACCUAGAGCGACGAGUGGCCGAAACCUGUUCCCUUGUCGAAAAAAACUUGAAAAGAAAGGAAGAAAAAGAAAAGGCAAUGAAGGAAAAAGAACGAAGAAGAAAAGAAGAGCGGGUCAGGAAAGAACAACAAGCACGUGAAAGAAGAGAAAGGGAGGCAAGUGAAACAAGACAAGCGGAACGCAGGAAUGACAGAGAAGAAGUCAGCAACCCGAUAAGUGGUGGAGGAGGAACACCUACGCAAACCUCCGCUGAUGUCGAGGGUCCACAAUGGCUCUGUGAACAUUAUAAGCGGCUCUGUCGCGUCAAGUUCCCAUGCUGCGGAAAGUUCUUUCCUUGCCAUCGUUGUCAUAACAAUUCUGGGUGUUCAAAUGAUAAUUCCAAAGCAAGAGAGGCGUGUCAUGUUGAGUGCUCGGUUUGUGGCCAUCAACAAGAGAUCAACCAGGACGCCCAAACCUGUGCCAGAUGUAAAACAAAGUUCUCGGCAUAUUUCUGUUCUAUGUGUAAACACUUCACGGGCACAGACAAAAAUCCAUAUCACUGCACAAAAUGUGGUAUCUGCCGCAUCUUCAAAGACCGCUCCUUCCACUGCGAUGUGUGUAACGUCUGUCUGGACAAAAGGCUGGAAGGCAGACAUUCUUGUCGAGAAAAUUCAGGACAUGAUGAGUGCUGCAUCUGUUUGGAGGACGCAUUCAGCGGUUGUCAAAUUCUGCCAUGCUCACACAAGGUUCAUAGAGAGUGUGCCAUUGCAAUGAUACAGAAUGGCGUUCGCAGCUGCCCAAUUUGUCGCCAUCCUCUCUACAGUCAGACAAAUGGCAAUGAUUGAAUGACAACGUCCAUCCCAAGCUCUUCUCUUAUCGCCUCGUUGAUAAAAUAGAGAGGACCCUGUGAAUGGAGCUGAAAGCAUGAUUUUUUUAAUUUCCUUUUGAUAAUUGUUAAGUGCUCAAAUUUUGUAGACUUUUAGCAUAAAUUUUAUAACAGCUUUAGCACCUAGAUUCAAUGGAGUUGUCUGAUCGUCCUGGUAAGAAGGCUCUACCUACUCAGGACUUCUCACGCCCAGGGCCGGGUUGUUCAAGGCUGGGUUUAGAUAACCCAGGAUUAGAGUGAAAUCUGGUUUCAGGUCUGAAAGUUGUGAGAGAAAAUUCAGUCUAAUUCUCUUUGUCCAAAAUAUGAUUAUUGGAUGCUCCAAAAAGAAAAGAGAAAAUUAUUCCAAAAAGGCAUUUAAACAAAGAAAUACAAAAACCCAGAUAUAGAUUUAGUCCUGGGUUAGCGCUAAUCGACCUUCGAGCAACUAGGCCUAGAUGAUCAGACUACACAAUCAUAUCUUACUCUGAGUUUAAAUCAUUUACCAUAAUACUUUUUUUAAUUUGAUUGAUCGAUACGUUUUUACAUAAGUGUGAAAUUUCAAAUUAUGUGGGUCUCCAUAAUCAAGCUAUCAAAACGUUAUCGCAAGUUGCCAAAUAUUAAGUUUUUCACUAACAACCCAGAAUUUAAAGAGGCAAAGUUAAAGAACUCGUCGAUGCUGAUCUUCUUGUCUAGAACGCCUGGCUUAAGAUUUCCUUAGGCGUAUGUAUCUAGGAUAUUGAGUUGCUUUGGUAAUGAACGAUACUCUGAAAAAAAAAACAAACAAACAACGAAAAAACGGAACUGACUGAUAUCAUCGAUUAUUCUAAACGUAUUACUAUACAACACAGCACGUAUUCUAAAAUGAUUCGAUUUAUCCAAGCGGCUCUUUUCUCGCAAAUUUUGGUAACUUUGUGGGUCAUAUUCUAAGAUCUUAAUCUAAGGAAUAGCAUAGCGGUUAUUCGCUCAAAACCCAGCUCGUUCUGUUUAGUUUUUUCACAUUUUCUAUUUUGAAUUUCAAAGCCACUGAUAUUUGAUAAACGGCAUUUUGAGACCAAUGGUUACCGUAACUUUCAAUAAACGGGCUCCUGGACAACCAAAAAGACUAACCUUGUAGAAUGGAACGUAAAAUUUUGCAUUUACUUUCAUAUAACCGCGUUCAUUGGUUGUUACUAAACCACACUCCGCUUGAACGGUGAGCACAACUUAUUAAGAGGCUACCUCAUAUCUCCUUAUCCCUGUUUGGCAAAACUAUCUGAAUAGUUUCGUUUCCCGAGAAUCACGGGAUAUCUAUUGAUCAAUAUCUUACCUAUGAUGUACAUAUCACUAAAUCAGCCUCUAAUUGCAUCAACAGUUAGGACAGAUAAGUAGAAUUAAACGCCUCUUAUACAUGAAAAUACUUUCAUUACUUAUAAAUAGCUUUGUGUUUAGUAAACUUUUUUAUUGUUCCUCGGUGUGGAAACAUCUAAACGUAAUCUACACAAACUGCAGUUGUUACACAACUUUGCUAUCAGAGUUGUAUUAGGUGUAGGGAAGUUCGACCAUAUCUCUCAAGGACAGAGAUCUCUUACAUGGUUGGAUGUUAUGGAGAAGGUUUUAUUUAACGGUUCAGUUUUAGUAUUCAAAUGUAUGAAUGGCUUAGCUCCAGAUUAUUAAGGCAAAUAUUUUGUUAAACGUUCAGCAUUUCACAACAAGAACACAAGGGGAUGUAACAAUUUUGUAGUCCCCAGAUGUAGAUUGUCCAUAGAACAAAGGAUAUUUUACUUUUGGUGUCCAAGGGAAUGGAAUUGGCUAGCCGACAGUAGUAAGAACAGUUAAAAAUUAAUAGUUUUCAGCGGAUACUUUUCAAUAGUAUGUUUCAUAACAAAUAAUUUUGGAUAUAUUUUGAAUAAUUUUGAAUAUAUUUUGAUUUUAAUUAUGUUCCUGUAAAUAAGUUUUCUUAAUACCAGUAUUAUGUAACAGUUAACAUUGUGACUGAAAAGCCUUGUUGAAGGGAGUCUCAAUGAAGUAUGUAUGUAUGUAUGUAUGAAACGCUGUGUAAAUACGUCGCCUAUUGAGGGUUGGGUGCUGAAUCUAAACAACGCAAAAUUAUAAAGUUAUGAAUAAUUCAGAGAAUAAGCUGCAUGCUUUUAGUAAGUUUCUUGUUCAUUAUUUCGUUUAAAAAGCUGUAAUCUCAAAUACAUUUGCGAGUGCGACCGUAUUCUUGAAGUGAA